GUCCGUUUAUGCGGCCGGGAAGGCACACGGCCGGCGCUAACCGGGCCGGCCGGGUCGCUACGGCGCGCGGCACAGGAGGCGCAGAUCAAGCACGAGAAGGCAAUAAAAGACCGGGCGCUCCGUCAAGCGCAAGGAAGGAUCGAUUUCGGCUGCGCCUUCCCUUUUACAGACAUCCCCAGCGUCGUUCAGUCAGGGUUCAACCAAGCUAAGACGAUCUUCUCCGGGAAAGGCGACAUUAAGGUGCUAGACCACUACCAGCUUGCGAUGAACUGCCUGGCCGAGAACAUCGACGACCCCCUCUGCUGCCUCAUGCUGAUGAUCACGCUCACGGUAUGCUCGUCGUCGGAAACGCCAGAAGUGGCGCAAGGGUCGCGGGAGUUAUUCCCGUGGGCAAAGAAUUCCGGAGGGACAGCCUAUGACGUAGGGGAGAUGACGAAGAAGAUCGAGCAUAAGGGCUGCAGCAACCGGAUGCUGCAGGCGGUCGGUUGGGUCACCUCGAAGAGCAAGCGCGACAGCCCGCGAAACACGGACCUGCAAUUGCGGUCGCAGGAGGAGCUUCUCGAAACGCUGCGGGGCUUGCAGUUAGCCAUCAAGCGACCCGAGGACUUCAUUGGCAUAAUAUUCCAUAGUCAGGACGACAUUUGGGUAGAGCGGUGUGGGAGCCUUGUCAACCGUGCAGCAUAAGGAGCACAAAGGAUACAGCAACCGGAUGCUAUAGGAGCUAUAAUAGGUCAUAUCGAAGAGCAACCGCGAUAGUCUACGAAACACAGACCUGCAGCUGCAACCCCGGGAGGAGCUACUAAGGACGCUUUGAGAGCUAAGGUCUGCUCUCCGGCGUCGAGGAGACUUUAUCUGUAUAGUCUUUUGUAGCCGGGAUAGAAUCUGGGUGGAGCGUUGUGCGAGUAUUAUCAAGUAGGGAGGUAGAGAGGUUCUAGAGUAGCACAGGUACAAUAAUACUUCAUACAGAGCGGACCGGCCAUUACGAAGUAAAGACGGCUUGUAGUUAGAAACCCGGUCCUGGAGAUCGAGAAAGAAAAUCCACUACUAUAGCUGAUUUGUAU